GUGGUCCUGAAAAACAUAGAUUUACUAAUGAUAUUAUCAUGCUUGGUACAAAGGCAACAAAUAAAUAUAAUAUAUAUGGAGUAUAUAAAGCUUAUGAUAAUGCUCUUAGCCACAAAGAAGCUCUAAAAUCAUUAUUAAUCAAUAAAAAAAAUACAGUUUGUAAUUACUUAAAAAAAUAUCCACAUUUCUGUGCUAAACUAGGAUCUCAAGAGACAGUAGAUAUAUAUUGCAACAAAACUGAUAAUGAAGAAGAACUUACUUCUCAAAUUGCAAAAAGGUGCUGA